GGCUCACUGCGCCGGCGCGCGGGCGCGAGCGGUUAAAGCGCCUUUCGGGGGCCGAGGACCUGGGAUUGUUCCUUCGGCCUGCCCCGUUCGAAGUCCCCCUGAGCGAGGCCCGAAGAGGCUGCCGCCUCCCACGGAUCGUUUCCCUCCGGCUCCGAGGCCUCCCGGCGCCCGGCUCUGGCCCUUGCCCUUUGACCCCGUGGCGGCGGGGUGAGAGGUCGGGUGGCCAUCUUGUGGCGGCGGCGCGGGCGGCUGUUACUGCGGAGACCUGUCCCCUCCCCCAGCCUGGUACCCCUGGCCGUCUGUCAGUCGGCGGAGAGCCCUGCAUCCUGUCAGGGGAGGCCUGGGCCGAGUGCGGUCGCCCUCUCCGUCUCACCGGGCGGCCCAGGCCGCUCCUCGCCGUCGCCACCAUGUCCUCCUUCUCAGAGUCGGCGCUGGAAAAGAAGCUUUCAGAGCUGAGCAACUCUCAGCAGAGCGUGCAGACCCUGUCCCUGUGGCUCAUCCACCACCGCAAGCAUGCAGGACCCAUCGUCUCCGUGUGGCACCGCGAGCUCCGCAAAGCCAAAUCAAAUAGAAAGCUUACUUUUCUAUACUUAGCAAAUGAUGUCAUCCAGAACAGUAAAAGGAAAGGACCUGAGUUCACGAGAGAAUUUGAAUCUGUCCUUGUGGAUGCUUUUUCUCACGUUGCCAGAGAGGCAGAUGAAGGCUGUAAAAAACCUUUAGAAAGAUUGCUGAACAUCUGGCAAGAACGAAGUGUGUAUGGCGGCGAGUUCAUACAGCAGCUGAAGCUGUCUAUGGAGGACUCCAAGAGCCCUCCCCCCAAAGCAGCAGAAGAGAAGAAGUCUCUGAAACGAACUUUUCAGCAGAUACAAGAGGAAGAAGAUGAUGACUACCCUGGAAGUUACUCUCCCCAAGAUCCUUCCGCAGGCCCCCUCUUGACUGAGGAGUUAAUCAAAGCGUUGCAGGAUCUGGAAAAUGCUGCAUCGGGGGAUGCUACUGUUCGACAGAAGAUUGCUUCCCUGCCCCAGGAAGUACAGGAUGUGUCACUGCUGGAAAAAAUAACAGACAAAGAGGCAGCUGAACGUCUUUCAAAAACAGUAGAUGAAGCAUGUCUGUUACUAGCGGAAUAUAACGGGCGCCUGGCAGCGGAACUGGAAGACCGGCGCCAGCUGGCUCGGAUGCUGGUGGAGUACACCCAGAACCAGAAGGAGGUUUUGUCAGAAAAAGAGAAAAAGCUAGAAGAGUAUAAACAGAAGCUCGCACGAGUAACCCAGGUCCGCAAGGAACUCAAGUCCCACAUUCAGAGUUUGCCAGACCUCUCGCUGCUGCCCAACGUCACAGGGGGCUUGGCACCUCUGCCCUCUGCCGGUGACCUCUUCUCAACUGACUAGGACAGGUGUCAUGCUCCAGGUUCCCGUGUUUGCCAGAGAAAAGCAGCAAGUCACUGUUGGAGACAGCCGUUUGGCCCUGGCUCCAUCUCUUCAGCCAGCAUCUGCCUCAGGAAUGAAGCAGGGAACCCUGACUUCUCACUCUCCGGCUCCCUCCUGAGCACAGUUCUGAACCGUGCAAAUGGACUCAGUUUUGACUCGUGUUUGCUAAGAACACUGAUUCUCCCUCCACUCAUGUUCUCAUGCCCCUGUUGCGUUUCCAUUCUUAGCUCCCUCUUACACCCAUAAGCCAUGAAAAUCAUGUGUAUUUCCGGAAGCUUUCAAGAGAAUCUUGCCCCAAGUGACAGCACAUGUCAUGGAAGAGCCUCUUUCUGAGCUGGGCUUGGCCAGGUUCAGAACAGGCUCCCAGUGAGGGACUCAGGCUCAGGUUGGAUCUCCUGGCUACCAUCUGCCCACGAGGUUGGCAGCACAGCCGUUAGGCAGUUUGCCAAAUUGCUGACCCUUCCUGACCCAACUACUAGAGAAGUGUUGUCAAGGUUAGGUGUGUUUGUUUUUCAAGCAAUCUAGAGAAUCUAGUAAUAAGAUUCAAAGCUGACCUGGGACAUAAAGUCACAGUACAGGUACAGAGUGACAGGGAUCACAAGUCAUUUGCCUGGUUUUCCCCACAGCUUUCCCAUGCCACACUUCUCAAGGGUCCCCAGUAUCAGAACACCUCCCUAAAGCAGGGCCCUCUGGCCUCUGGUGCUGUGAAGGCAGCUGUCCGGGUUGGCAUGCCCUCGCCGGUGGAGUCUGGGCUUUUACCCGUCUUUUGGGGACUGGAGUAUACACUGACUCCACCAUGUGGGCAUUCAUCCACUGUAUGGUGACUAAACUUGAUCAGCUUUGCAGAUAGGACACUGAGCACACCAGGCACUUCAUGCCACUCUGUGCGUCCAUGUUCCCAUGCAAGGAGAAGAGUAUUCAUACAAACAACUCACCUCCAGCAGAGGAAGGGAACAUAGGGAGACUAAUUUGGGGUUCUAAUUCCAUUAUCAUGCCAGCUGACAUUAUGACUGAAUGAUGUAGUUAGGAUUUUUAUCUUACGUCUAGUAAAGUUCAGGCAUAGACCUGAAAAAUCAUUCUAAUCUGGCAGGCUUAUUUUUGACAUUGGAAAGGGCAGAAGCCAUUUUGCCCUACUAGUGUGAUAGGAAUUAUAACCCGAAGCUGAAGUCCAAAGGCCAUAAGAAGGAAUUCAGUGAAGGGGGCCUGAGGAGCUUCAUUGUUUGGAGUUGCUGUUUUCAGGAUCACCCAAACAAGCACACUUUUUUUUACAUGUUAAAACAAGCCUGUGUGUCACCAAGUCGGCAGCCAGCAGUCUGGGCAGCCCGCAGUCUGAGAAGCCGUCCCCUGCUGUAAGGUGACAGUGGUGGUACUGAGUUCCCGUUAGAGCCUGGUCUUGUUGGAGCCGUUGUUCUGAGUGCAGGCUGCCGUUCGUUCCCUCGCUCACUCUGCCCGUUGUUCUGUCCACAUUGUUUUCCCCAAGGCUACAGGACAGCACUGACUCAGUGAAAUCCCAGUCUCUGCUGUGGGACACCUCCCCACACGGGGUGCCACUGGAAUGUCACGUGGCCACACCAUUUUUCAACACCUUCCUCAGACACUGCUUUCCCACAGCCCCAGACCACAAGAGCUGUAGCAGCUUUUCUCUUCUCACUAGGAGAAAAGACGAGAACAUAAUGGAUUGAGCUCACGGCUGUGUUUUAUCCUUCGGCAUCUCUGACUAGCAAUCAGUGCAUAAUUCUUACAGCAAGAUCAAGAAGUGAACCUGUGGCAAUUAUGUACGUGAAUGUGUUGGCCUCCUAACACCUGCUCCAGCAGACUAACUGUGAGCAAGUUGGUUUCGUUUUAAUGAAAUGCUUCGGUUUUUAACCUUCCUUGUCAUACCCCACCCUCACCCCCGGUCUCCCAGCUGUGUGCUUACUUCCCUUGUUUAAUUUAAAUGAAACUUCUUGUCCCUGAGAGUUGAUCUGGAGGGUGGGGUGGGUGACUUCUGGUUUUGUGUUUAUUUAGGACAUUCAUAGGCCUCAAGGAUCUUUCCUUUAGGGUCAUAUUCCUCAGAAAGUCUUCAGUCUUUCUUUGUUUUUGUUUUUCUUAAAGGAUAUUUUUAAAGCUUAAAUUUGUAUAUUAAUUUAGGACUUUAUUUAGAAGUAUAGGCUGCCAUUGGUGACAGCAGUAUAUUCUGAAAUGUCUCAUAGAUAUAUAUUUUUGAAUAAAGAUGGUGUUGUUGAACAACA